AAACACAUCGGAUCAGAAAAUUGAAAUAGGGCUGGCAACAGCCAAUCCCCAGUUAAACCCCUUCUCUUACACACGGCUGGCCAACAGCCUCCUCGCUGGAGUCUCCUAAAGCCUAUUUGGUCGUGCUCCUCAACUGUAUCAUCUUCCCUUCUAGUUUCAGUGAAUAUGGUGAGCCAAAGACAGAGGUUUGCCCGCAAGCGAUACAAAGAAGCGCACCCGGAGCUAUUCACUAAACCAGAGCAUACGCCACCAAAAGACCCCGACAAGAAGAAGAAGAAAAGUAAGAGCAAGUUCAAGCGUAAGAGGUCAGACUAUAAAGAACCCAAGGAUCCAAAUGGACCCAACAAAAAGGGGUUCAAAAAACACCCACUUAGAGUCCCUGGCAUGAAGCCUGGUGAAAGUUGUUUUAUUUGUAAGGCCAAGGACCAUAUUGCCAAGCUUUGCCCGCAAAAAGCAGAAUGGGAAAAGAACAAGAUAUGCUUGCUUUGUCGACAGCGAGGGCAUAGCCUUAAGCGUUGCCCUAACAAGAAGGACGAGACAGUUGAUAAGAAAUUGUGCUAUAAUUGUGGGGAAGCUGGCCAUUCGCUAUCAAACUGUCCACUGCCUCUUCAAGAUGGGGGAACUAGAUUUGCCAAUUGCUUUAUCUGUAAUGAACAUGGACAUUUGAGUAAAGACUGCCCUAAAAAUACUCAUGGGAUAUACCCAAAGGGGGGUUGCUGUAAAAUAUGUGGUGGUGUGACUCAUUUAGCAAAAGAUUGUCCUGAGAAGGGUAAGAGAGGCUCUCUUGCCACUGGUAAAGAAGCUUUUGAACAAGGAGAAAGGCCAACUCCUAAGCUGACCAAGUUUGUAAGUGGGGAUGAGUUGGAUGAUGAUUUUAUGACCGAAAACAGUAAUGUCAUCCAGCAAGAAAAGCCAUCCGAUUCAAAAGAUACUCAAGCGAACUCGGCAUCUGGAAUGGCUGUGCAUGACGACUGCAAGCUCAAGUUUCAGGAGCUGAAAGCAAAAAGGAACUACCGAUUCAUCACUUUCAAGAUUGAAGCUCAGCAAGUUGUGGUAGACAAACUUGGAAACCCUCAAUCAACCUACGAGGAUUUCACUGCAUCUCUUCCAGCUGAUGAAUGCCGCUAUGCUGUCUUCGAUUUUGAUUUCACCACUAAUGAGAAUUGCCAGAAAAGCAAAAUUUUCUUCAUUGCUUGGUCACCUGAUACUUCCAUUGUGAGAAUGAAGAUGGUGUAUGCAAGCUCAAAGGACAGAUUCAAGAGGGAACUCGAUGGCAUUCAGUUGGAAUUGCAAGCAACAGAUCCUAGCGAAAUGAGCUUCGACAUUAUCAAAGCGCGAGCACUUUAGAAGCUAAAUCGUUUCUGUUGUUUGAUGUUAAGCUUUUUUGUGACAGAUGACAUGUCAUCAGAAUCAGCAUUGUCUGUUUAUUUAUUUAUGUUUCUUUUUGUUUUGGAUUGCAUGGGGCUUCUACACUAACCCGGCCCUCUAGUUUGAUGUAAUAUGCAUACAUCUAUCCUGUUUUUUACUUCUUCAGUAAACUUUAUUUUGG